GACAGGCUGGGAGUGGGGCUGAGAGCUUUUUGGCAAAUCACAGGCUUGCUGAAAAGUGCAUUUCCAAAGCUGGAUUUAUGGUGUUGGCUUGGCCCCGCCGCCUGGCUGUGGCCGGAGAACGAAACAUUAUAGCCAAACCUGUGCUGCACACGGCACCUCGUGCCCCCCAUCUGCAGUCCUAAACACAGGGCUGUGGAUUUGGGGUCCUCAAGCCUGGGGAGGUGGGGUGCGUCCUGUGCACCUCCUGCCCCUCUGCAGCUCCUGGGCAUGUCAGUGCUGAGCUGGGCGCCAGCACAUGGUGCAGCUGAGGCAGUUCAUGUGUCCUUUGGAUACAUGUGCUGUCGGUGCAUGUGCAAGCACUCUGAACUCCCUCCGCUCCAGGGGCGCCGGCUGUCCCACACAGCUGGGGCUGGGCUUUGUGGCUUGGGGAGCUCUGGACCAUGGCAGGGCCUUUGCCCUGUGCUGCUGGGCAGGAAUUUGCCCCACUGAGCAAAGCUCUGGGGCCAGAGCCAAGCCCAGCCCCGAGCUGUCCCUUUCCCAGCUGCUCUGGAGGGGCUGCACUCCCUUUCCCUGCCGCGAUCAGUGGCUACUCGCCCAGCCAGUUGCUCUGGAUCCUUUCAUGCUCCCUGGGCUGCAAGCAUCAGGCAGAAUUUAACCAUGGGGCUGUGCCCACAUGUGCUCCACAACCACUCUGUGCCCCAGGCAAAGCUUGGCUGAGGUUCAGCUGCGGGCGCUGUGUCCUGCUCAGCCUUCCCACAAGCCCUGAGACACAGCGUCCAGCCCCGUGCCAAGGCGUCCCCUGCCCUGGGCCCCCUGUCCCCACCCCGUGCCAGGAAGCCCCGUGAGAAGCACAGCUGUGAAAGCAAAGUCCAGCAGCUACCAGCACCACAUGGAGAUGGCAGCCAGGCUCUGUGCAGGGCUGCGUAUGGGCUGUGCUGCCCGCGGGCUGCAGGGACAGCACCUGGCUCAUAGCGGGACCACAGAACGGCUGCAGCGAGAGUAUGACGCGGUGGUGAUCGGGGCAGGUAACUCGGGGGCAGGAGCUGGUGGGGUUGGAGCAGCCCCCAGCUGUACAUGGGUCUGGCAUGGAUGGGCACAUGUUGCAGCUCCCCAGUGUGCUGCUGGCACAGGGGUCUGAGCAGAGCUGGGACAUGUUGGGGCCCAGGAAUGUAGGGAUGGAGAGCGUGCUUGCUGACACCUACAUCUUCAUGUCCAGAGUCCCGCUAUUUGGGUGCCCUGCAUCCCUGCGUGGCCAGGUGCCAUGGGUCUGUCCUGGCUCACCCCCCUCUCUCCUUGCAGGGCACAACGGGCUGGUGGCAGUGAGUACCGACAGCAGAGCGCUCACCUGCAUCCCCAGAGGGGGGCACUGGGAGGAGGGUCUGCAGCAAGCACUGGGACUGGGGGCUCUACAGAGGUUUGGGAAGCAGGGACUUCUUUGGUGAGGGGAUAGGGUCACCAUGUUCAGGAGGGGGACGCGUGCCACCUGCAGUGUGACACACGCUCCCCACAGGCUGCCUACCUGCAGCGGGCAGGGCUGCGCACGGCCGUGCUGGAGAAACGCCACGUGCUGGGUGGCGCGGCUGUCACUGAGGAGAUUGUGCCAGGCUUUAAGUUCUCCCGGGCUUCCUACCUGCUCAGCCUGCUGCGCCCGCAGAUCUACGCAGAGCUGGAGCUGCAGCGGCAUGGCCUGAGGGUGCUGCCACGGGACCCCUACUCCUUCACCCCGCUGCUGGAGGACAGGAGCCCACCACGCUCCCUGCUGAUGGGGCACAACAUGGCCCAGACCCAGCUGCAGAUUGCCCAGUUCUCCCAAAAGGAUGCUCAGGCUUACCCUAAGUAUGAGGCAUUCAUGGGGUGCUUGGUGUCUGCCAUCAACCCGCUGCUGGAUGCCCCCCCUGCAGAUACAGCUGCCCUAGGGAAGGGCUCCCUGCUGCAGAGGCUCCGUGCCCUGUGGCCCCUGCUGCAGGCAGGGCUGGCACUGGGGAGGCAGCUGCCCCGCUGUUAUGAAGUACUGACAGCCCCAAUCUCUAAGAUCCUGGAUCACUGGUUUGAGUCAGAACCCUUGAAGGCCACUCUGGCAACAGAUGCAGUGAUUGGGGCCAUGAGCAGCCCCCACACCCCUGGCAGCGGGUAUGUGCUGCUGCACCACGUCAUGGGUGAGCUGGAGGGGCGGCGUGGUGCCUGGGGCUACGUGGCUGGGGGCAUGGGAGCCCUGUCCCAAGCCAUUGCCCGUGCGGCAGCCACCUACGGUGCCCACAUCUUUACUGAGCAGGCCGUGUGCCGCGUGCUGUUGGGAGCCGAUGGGCGGGCGCAGGGUGUCGUGCUGCAGGAUGGGACGGAGGUGAGAAGCAAAGUGGUGCUGUCCAAUGCCUCCCCCCAGUUCACCUUCCUGGAGCUCACCCCCCAGGAGCAGCUGCCGGAGGACUUUGUGCGGCGGAUCCAGCAGCUUGACACGCGCUCCCCCGUCACCAAAAUCAAUGUGGCGGUGGACCGGCUGCCUAGUUUCCUGGCUGCCCCCAACACCUGUGACAGCCAACCUCUGCCCCACCACUGCUGCUCCAUCCACCUCAACUGUGAGGGCACACACCUCCUGCACCAGGCUUACACCGAGGCUGCCCAUGGGCACCCCUCCAGCAGGCCCAUGAUUGAGCUGUGCAUCCCCUCAGCACUGGACCCAGGGCUGGCCCCGCCGGGCUGCCACGUUGUGUCCCUCUUCACCCAGUACACCCCGUAUGAGCUGGCAGGUGGGCAGCCCUGGGACGAGCAGGCUCGGAAUGCUUAUGCAGACACAGUGUUCAACUGCAUUGAAGCCUAUGCCCCAGGCUUCAAGGCGUCCAUCAUCGGCAGGGAUAUUCUGACACCACCUGACCUGGAGAGGAUCUUUGGUCUUCCUGGCGGUAACAUCUUUCACGGAGGGAUGUCUCUGGACCAGCUCUACUUCACCCGGCCGGCACCAUUCUACUCGGCCUACCAGUCACGUCCCAGGCUUAUACCUGUGCGGAAGCGGAGCCCACCCCGGAGGAGGUGUGAUGGGCGCAGCAGGACGCAACGCAGCCCAGGUGGUCCUUCGGGACUUCAGGCGCCUACAGUGGCAGCGGUGAAAUUGUCUUCACCUGCGCAGGCAUCCUACCUCAGAGCUGCGAUGGUGAUACUGGCUGGUCUGAAACCCAUCCUGCUUCCACUGGUGCUGGUGCUGUGCCAGGUGGCCCCCGGCACACAGGAACCACUUGGGGUGCAGCUGCGGCUGGCAGGGCCUCAGGGACCGGCUGGGGAGGGCCGCCUGGAGGUGCUGUACCAGGGCCGCUGGGGCACCGUGUGUGAUGAUGGCUUCGACUUCCACGUGGCCACCGUCGCCUGCCGGCAGCUGGGCUACACCGCGGCCAUCACCUGGACCCACAGCGCUACUUACGGCCAGGGGGAAGGCCCCAUCUGGUUAGACAAUGUGCAGUGUGGGGGCAACGAGGUCUCCCUGGCCAACUGUGUCCACAAUGGCUGGGGCAUGAGUGACUGCCACCAUGGCGAGGAUGCCGGUGUGGUGUGCUCGGGGCAGCGCCUGCAUGGUGACCCCCCCUUGACAUCAGCCCCUGCUGCCCUGGGGGAGGGGCCAGAGCUGAGCCUGGAGGAGGUGCGGAUCAAACCCAUCCUGGCACGCGCUAAGCUGAGCAUGCCAGUGAUGGAGGGAGCGGUGGAGGUGAAGCACAACGGGCGCUGGAGGCAGGUGUGCGAUGCCAGCUGGACCCAGAAUAACAGCCGCGUAGUGUGUGGAAUGCUGGGCUUCCCCCGUGAGAAGCGUGUCAACGCCAGCUUCUACCGGAAGCUCUGGAACAUGAAGCUGAAGGACCCCAGCUCCAGCCUGAGGAACCUGAGCCAGAAGAGCAGUUUCUGGGUGCACCGGGUGCAGUGCCGGGGCACAGAGCCCCACCUGUCGCGCUGCCCCAUGCAGCUGGCUCCCCCAGACCCCAGCCAGCACGCCUGUCCCCUUGGCAUGCACGCCAUCGUCAGCUGUGUGCCUGGCCCUGCCUUCCAACAGGACAAGAACGGGGGCAAGAAACCUCCCCAUAAAACCUCCCUGGGAAAGGGUCUUCCUGUGCGCCUGCGAGCAGGUGCCCACGCUGGCGAGGGCCGGGUGGAGGUGCUGCGCCACGGGCAGUGGGGCACUGUGUGCGGCCGGCGCUGGGACCUGGCAGCAGCCAGCGUGGUGUGUCGGCAGCUGGGCUAUGGCACGGCCAGGCAGGCACUGCGGGGAGCACAGAUGGGUCAAGGCCUGGGGCCCAUCCACAUGAGUGAGGUGCGUUGCACUGGCCAUGAGCGCUCCCUGGGUGAGUGCCGCUUCCAGGACGGCGAGCAGAGCGGGUGCCGGCAUGAUGACGACGUGGCUGUCCGCUGCCACGUGCCCCACAUGGACUUCCAGAGCCAGGUGCGCCUGGCCGGGGGCCGCAGCCCCGAGGAGGGUGUUGUGGAGGUGCUGGUGCCAGUGCAGGGCAGGCUGCAGUGGGGCGCGGUGUGCGGAGCUCAGUGGGGGCUCAAUGAAGCCAUGGUGGUCUGCAGGCAGCUGGGGCUGGGCUUUGCCAGCCACGCCCUACAGGAGACCUGGUACUGGGCAGGAAACCCUGACGCCUCGCAGGUGCUGAUGAGUGGGGUGCGCUGCACGGGCACAGAGCUGGCCCUGCAGCAGUGCCAGCGCCACGGCCCCGUGCACUGCCCCAGUGGCGGGGGACGCUUCUCAGCAGGGGUCACCUGCACCACCCAUGCCCCAGAUCUGGUGAUGAACGCCCAGCUGGUGCAGGAGACGGCUUACCUAGAGGAUCGUCCGUUGGGGCUGCUGUACUGCGCCCACGAGGAGCGCUGCCUGUCCCGCUCUGCCGACAACAUGCAAUGGCCCUACGGCCACCGCCGCCUGCUCCGCUUCUCCUCCCAGAUCCACAACCUGGGCAGAGCUGAUUUCCGACCCCGGAUGGGUCGGCACGCCUGGACCUGGCACCAGUGCCACCGGCACUUCCACAGCAUCGAGGUCUUCACCCACUAUGACCUGCUGACGCUCAAUGGCUCCAAGGUGGCCGAGGGGCACAAGGCCAGCUUCUGCCUGGAGGACACCAACUGCCCCGAGGGACUGCAGCGUCGCUUUGCCUGUGCCAACUUUGGGGAGCAGGGGGUGAGCGUGGGCUGCUGGGACACCUACCGGCAUGACAUUGACUGCCAAUGGAUCGACAUUACCGAUGUGCCACCGGGCAGCUACACCUUCCAGGUGGUGGUGAAUCCCAAGCACGAGGUGGCUGAGUCAGACUUCUCCAACAACGUGCUGCGGUGCCAGUGCAAGUAUGAUGGGCAGCGGGUCUGGAUGCAUGGCUGUCACACAAGUGAUGCCUACGGUGCUGACGUGGUGAGCGAGAUGGAGCGGCGGGAGCGCCUGGCCAACAACCUGGUGUAAGCCCCUGUCUCGUCCCCCACCCUGCACCCAGGGGCACCCCAGCCCCUGCCCUGGCUGCAGCAGCACCUGCCUGAGCUCAGGGACUCGAUGCCUGCCGUAUUUAUUUCUGCUGCCAUGGAGGAUGGAGAUGAGCAUCGUCGCCGGUGCAGGGGCCAAGCCCCAUGCUGCCGUGGGGACCCCAGAUUCAGUGCUCUGGUGCCCCCCCCGGACAACUACCUCAGCCUGCCUGGCUCCAGGCACUGCCACCCAUGCACCAGUUUUGUCCUCAAUAAAGGUGCUGUGCAA